GAGAAUUGGCUUUCAUCCGCGUCUCCGCGGCUUUUUUUCUGGCCCGGCCAGCUUCUCGCGCCAUGGCCGCCCUCAGACCCCUGGUGAAGCCCAAGAUCAUCAAGAAGAGGACCAAGAAGUUCAUCCAGCACCAGUCUGACCGCUAUGUCAAGAUCAAGCGGAACUGGCGGAAGCCCCGAGGCAUCGACAACAGGGUGCGGCGCAGGUUCAAGGGGCAGAUCCUGAUGCCCCACAUCGGCUACGGCAGCAACAAGAAGACCAAGCACUUGCUGCCCAGCGGCUUCCGCAAGUUCCUGGUGCACAACGUCAAGGAGCUGGAGGUGCUGCUCAUGUGCAACAAAUCCUACUGCGCAGAGAUUGCCCACAAUGUCUCCUCCAAGAACCGCAAAGCUAUCGUGGAAAGGGCAGCCCAGCUGGCUGUCCGACUCACCAACUCCAACACCAGGCUGCACAGUGAAGAAAAUGAAUGA